CCAGGAAAACGUCAUGAAUACUCCUUUGUAUUAACUUCCGUUCGACAAACUGACGUUACUUAUCGUAUUUGACACGCCUUUCAAACUGUGAUCAAAGUCCAAGUUAAGGUUGCAAACACUCUACCAUCAUGUCCGAUAUCGGCUCUGACGUCGAGCAAACUGCUGAAGAAUUCGAACAACAACUUCGAGUCAGAAAUGUUCAAAAUACGAAAAGAAAUAACCGAGCACUGAAGAGAAAGUUUGUUGUGCUUCGAGCGCGUGAUAUGAGAUUUUGUGCUGUGCCGCGCCGAAGCAGAAUGUCGGAUCUGAACAACGCGGGAAGAGUACAAGACAUCCAUUUCACGCAAAAUGACUCCUCAGAAGCCAUGCUGGCGCUCAUAAUAGCUACCUUUCCUUUUCUUAGAAUGGAAAGCAAUCUUCCUGCAAGAUUGGAGUUUUUUAAGUCGAUCGACAGGGGGAAUGACAGGGAAAUGGUAUUUGAAGGUGAAGUCCCCAACGGGUAUAACUUGAAAAACGCUUUUAAGACAGGGAAAGUUUUCAUUCACCUUAAACCAAAUUUUGAGAAUACAAUUAGAGAGUUCCAUCCAACGAACGAUUUAACACCAGUAUCAGUGCCAUCAGAGAGCGAUGACGAUCAGAGUGAUACUGAAACUGAUCAUAAUGGCCAAGGUAUUUCAUCAGUAAUUGUUUUUGAACGGACGAGAUGA